UUUAAAGAUUGACCACCUUGGUAAGAAUCAAUUGACUGUUUGGCUUUGUUGUGGUUCUUUUGUCGUUCCUAACCCUUUUGGCCUGUUACCAAGCAGAGCACCAAAGUCUGCAAGAGACACUCGUCAGUCAUCCCAUCCUCUCAUAUCCUGGAUGAGGUGAAGACAGGAAGGACUGGACCAGACAGGAGAGAGUUAACAGCCCUGGAGAGGCUCAACGGCGUCGGCUCUGCUGGUGCUCCCAAGGUGCAGAGGUCUACCCUUGUGUUUGGCCGUCCCAGCAUCAAUCUCUCCUCCUCUACCUCCUCUACGGCCCCUCGGGUCCAACUUCGCUCCCAGCGCUCGAGAAUACUGUUCCGACCAAUCAGCAUGCCCUUGGAGCGCCUGCCCCUCCCCACCCCCUCCCAGGUCGUUGAGAGGAACAACCAGAACACCAACGACGCCGCCAUGUUGGAUCCCACCGCUGACUCCAUCACGGAGUCGGCCGAGCCGGAGAAGGAAACGCCUCGGAUCGGUGAGGGGUCAAGGGUCAGUACCUACUUUAUCACACCCUUCAAUCCCCAGGCCGUGCAGCAUGGGACCUGGGACAGGAAGUACAAACACUACGAUGUCACGCGCGCACCGCCAUGAUCAUGGCUAAUUUACCACCUGCCGGUGCUGGCCCCGGGACGCAGCCGACAGGGAAGCAGCCGACAGGGAAGCAGCCGACAGGGAAGCAGCCGGCGAUGCCG